AUGGCGACGUCUCUUGCAGUUCCAAUCGCGUACAUCACCGUGCUCGUCACGGCGAUGGCCAUCUUCUCGCGCAUUUACCGUCGUAGGCGAGCUGCCGAGAAGACGUCGUUCGAGCCAUGGUUCCCUGCCCACCCCGCGCGCGACAUCUACAUCACUCUUCUGUCGGCGAACCCGCCCGUCCCCGAGUCGAUGCUCAAGAGCGCUCUUCUCGUUCGCGCCACUGCGGACGUCAAGCGCAUCUGGCGCAUCAAGGAGGACAAGCAGGCUCUCGCGUCGCUCCAUCAGCGCGGUCUCGUCGGAGACGAUACCAUGGCCCGAUUUGCUGCAGCCGAGAAGGAGCUCGAGGCUGAGAUUGUCGAUGUCGUCUCCGAGGCCAACACGUUCCGCAACGGCUGGGGAUCCAUGAUCUUCGCGACCGCCAGCGAGAUGGCGCACUCGGAGAAGACGCGCGACACGGUCAUCUCAGUCGGCCGCGCCCGCCAGCUCGAAGAGAAACGCAUGGAGAAACGCGCCAAACUCCUCGGCAUCCCCAUGCACCAGGUGCCCGCGACGUCGAUGGCCGAAGUUCAGGCCGUCGCCGGCUCUGCUCCCUCGUCGGGCGCCGCCACCCCCAACAAGUCCCAGUCCAACACACCCAAGAAGGUCUCCCCUCCCAAUUCUCGCAAGGUCUCCGCCGCCAAGUAG